AUGAUGCGCAAAGACGUUCGCAUUGUCCUGGCCGGCGACCCCGACGUUGGCAAGUCGACCCUUAUCACUUCACUCGUCAAGGAAGCCUACGUCGCAAAGGUGCAAAAGGUGGUGCCGCCCAUCACAUUACCGCCUGAGGUCGCACCAGAAGCUGUCGUCACCAAGAUUGUCGACACGAGCUCGAGUCCAGAGCACCGCGCCAAUCUCGAAGCCGAACUUCGUCGAGCCAACGUCAUCUGCAUCGUCUACUCCAUCUCAGCACCCUCCUCGUUCGAUCGUAUACCCACCUACUGGCUCCCCUACAUCCGCUCAUUAGGCGUCAAUGUCCCCGUCAUCCUCGUCGGCAACAAGAUUGACCUGCGUUCGGGCGACGUCACCAAUGCUGCGCUUGAAGAUGAGCUGGCUCCCGUCAUGGCCGAGUUCAAGGAGGUCGAGACGUGCGUAGAAUGCUCCGCUCGCAUCCCGCUCAACGUCAGCGAAGUGUUCUACUUUGCUCAGAAGGCCGUUCUGUACCCAACCGCACCCCUCUACGACAGUCGCGAACACGUCCUCAAACCUGCUUGCGUCGACGCGUUGAAGCGUAUCUUUCGUCUCUGCGACUCGGAUAAGGACGGCUUGCUUAGUGACGCCGAGCUCAACGACUUUCAACGCAACUGCUUCGACACGCCGUUGCAAGCACAGGAACUCGAGGGCAUCAAGGAUCUGGUCGUUCAGGCACCCGUGGCAGGCUUGCGGUACAACCACGAGAACGGCAGCAUGGCUGCCUCGAGCUCGAGCGCCAACGGCGACAUUCCCGCGAAUCAUCCACACUUGCGUGAGGGCGGCCUGACCAUGGCCGGCUUCCUCUAUCUCCAUACCCUCUUCAUUCAACGCGGACGACUCGAAACAACUUGGACCGUCUUGCGCACCUUUGGAUACGGCGCCGACCUCAGCCUCGAAGACGCGUUCGUCAAGCCGGCUUUCCCGGUACCACCAGAAUGCUCGGUCGAGCUCUCACCCAACGGGUACCAGUUCCUGACAGACAUUUUUGAGGUGCACGACAAGGAUCGAGAUGGCGCGCUCAGCGAAGAGGAGCUCGACAGUCUCUUCAUCACGGCACCAGACAAUCGACACCCUUGGCAGGGCACCGGAUUCCCUACUUCGACCAUCACUGACGAGCACGGCGCUGUCACGCUGCAAGGCUGGCUCGCGCAGUGGAGCAUGACCACUUUGCUCGAUCACCGAACCACACUUGCGUACCUGGCGUACUUGGGCUAUCCCUCUUUCCCAUUGGCAGGCUCCUCUGGCAGCUCAUCCAACAACGCGCCAAUACCGCUCACCCCUUCUGGACCACCUGGCUCGAGACCAUCACGGAAUCGCACACCAUGUCCGCGACCUACGACUCCAGCGUUGAAGCUGACACGGCCGCGCAAGACGGACAAGAAGAAAAAGGGAGCGAUACAAAGAAGCGUGUUCCUGGGUUUCGUGCUCGGCGCAGCAGGCAGCGGUAAGACAGCCAUCCUUCGCAAUAUGGUGGGCAAGCGCUUUGCCAACAAUUACGAGCCAACGCAAAAGAUGAUGAGUGUCGUCAGCACCGUCGAGCAAGCAGGCGCCGAGCGCUAUCUCGUUCUGCAAGAGUUUGGAUCGCGUUACGAGGCCGAGGUGCUCCGCAACACGGCCAAGCUUUCAGCCGCCGAUGUCAUCGUGUUUGUCUACGAUUCGAGCGACACCAACUCGUUUAGCUACAUCUCGAAUCUGCGGCAGCAAUACCCGCUCUUGCAGUCGAUGCCCUCGUUGUUCGUGGCAACCAAAGCGGAUCUGGAUCUGGCACAGCAGCGACACGAGGUGCAACCCGAUUCGUACUGCCGCAAGCUCGGGCUCAAGAUUCCAGGGCUGGGAGCAGGUCCCCUCAACAUCAGCAUCCGUGACGGACAGGUAGCGGAUCUGUACGGUCUCAUCUGUGCCAUCGCUGUCGAUCCCAAGGGCGCGGUGCAGGGCGGCAACGAUCGCAAUGCCCUCAGCUUUGGCACCAACCGCUGGCAGUUCUGGGGCUACAUUGGUCUGAUGGUGGUGGGCGGUGGAGGAGCCGUCUGGAUCUGCGCAAGGGUGCUCAAGGUACCGAUUGGAAGCACGCUUGGCUUUGGAAACAACGGCUUGUCGUCAGGCUGGUGGUCCUCAAGAGCUGAUGCUCGUGGUGCGGGCGCUGCCGAUGCUACCAAGAUCUCGGGAUGGUUCGACUGGAUCCGCUGGCAGGGAUCGUCGUCCUCCGCUCCCGUCCGCACUGAGCUCUGA